AUGAAGGAGUUUUACAUACAGUUGUUGCUAUUCUUUUGCAAUCUUCCAGAUACUGGUUCAGUUACAUUCAGCUGGAACCAAGAGAUUUUGUUCUCGGACACGAAUCGAUGGAAUAAAAAUGUCAGUAAACCAUGUAUGGACUCUGUCGUAACAUUUGAAGAUAAUGAAAGAACCUCAGUCCUUGUUGAUGUCAGCUUUACUGUUUCGGAUUUGACCUUGCCGCGGAAUGCUGAGCUCAUUCUAGGGCGGGAAAGACUCCCUUGCCAAACUGACACGGUCCAGUUUUCUACCAAGGAUUCGACGUUCUCCGUCUCAGGAAGCAAGUACCCGCCAUCCAUUCCAAAUCCAAAUAUGGCGCACACUCCAGAUCCGAAAAUCGAGUCUAUGAUCGUCGGAAAUGAGCGAUUGUCCUCAACAGAUGAUUAUAAUAACUAUGUACAAAACUCUGUUUCUGGCCCGUUUCAGUUUGGUGAAUCAAAGGUGGAUGUGCGAGCGCACGACUGUGGUGAUGCUGGGUGUACUUGCCGAGAGGACGACUUUGAUGGACGAGCAUAUAUUGAAGAGCUCAUCUGCCGACAAGUAAAUUGCACUGAAGAUCGACCAGCCAUUGCCUGUAAUGAACCUGUAGAACCCUUCGGACACUGCUGCUCAGUAUGCGGCGGAAUCAUCACUUUUGAUUUCGACGGAGCUUUCCGUAGGAAGGAUCUGGAGGAUCUCGUCAAGGGUGAAGUAUCAUCGUCAGAAGUGCUUAGCUCUAUAGCCAGAAUCACGCCGCUUGAAGAAGACUUUGAUCCUUCAGUUCUGAAAAGAUCAAAGGAUGAUCAAUAUCAGCUGCUGCUCACAGAUACCGACGGCUCCGGAUCACUGGCGAAAAACGAAGUUCAAAACUUGAAAAAGGCCGUGAGCAAGCUUCCAGGCGUUUCAAACGUUGUGGUCACUAUCUCUGGAAGGCCUCACAAUGCAUCGGGACUCAGUGGAGGAGCAAUUUUCGGCGUCAUUCUAGCAAUAGCAGUUGCUGCGUUCGCUGGCUACAAGGGAUAUCACAAAUAUGACUUGGAAUAUUAUUUCUUGUCGGUUUUCCCGGCGAAGACGGUCAGAAACUUUGACGGAGGAAAUCAAGGAGGAGAUGUGGAAAUAUCGACAGUAUCAGCUGGUGUUGAUAAUGUGACAUACGAAAUGAAUGACGACGAUCCCGAGAGCACGACGAGGUAUGACGAGGCAGUCGACUUUGAAAGCGAGGAAGUGAUAGCAGCACGUCACGCUCCUACUGGCUUCACAAAUCCCUCGUUCGAGACGAACGAACUUUCAGAAGAAAGUAACUCUGGUAUUGAUGACAGCACUAUUUUGAACCUUGAAAACAGACCUGUUCUGGACGAAAAUAUAGCGUCUUUAGCUGAAAAUCUACCAGUCCCUGUUGAAGAAAUCCCAUAUUCUGACGUAAUCAUUACCCCAGAAGACGUUCCAACUUCCACCCAAGAUGUUUCAGUCACCCUUCCAGACCCGGAAAAUCAGAAGGAAAAUAUAUCCCAAGCUGGGCCAAUUUCCAUCGAAGUCAUAGCAACAGAGGCUCAAGAUUCUCCCACAACGACAGAUCUGAGCUUUUAG